AUGAAAAGAAAGCGUGAGUCAGAGUCAGAGAAGCUUCUACCAAAUAAGAGGCCUUCCCUGUCUACUAAAGACAGGCCCAGCCGAUUUGUAUAUGUGACUGAGUCUGAAUUAGAAUCUUCUAGGACGAAGUACGUUCUACAAAACACCGAAAAGGCUACGAAGUGGGCAAUCAAAGCUUUUACAGAAUGGGCUGAAAUUAGGAAGGAAUCUGGAAGAGAGGCUCCUUCAUCUGACAUAUUGCUAACGGGCAGUGCUAAAGCCGUUUGUGACGCAUUGUGUCUUUUUGUCUCUGAAAUACGACAGGCAAAUGGUACUCCAUAUACUCCAAGGAGCUUAUCGUCUAUUAUGGGUGGCCUUCAGCGUUAUAUUAAUACUAAUUCACCUCAUCCACAUAAAAUACAGCAACCAGAUGGUGAGUUUAAACCACUUCACACUUGUCUGGAGAAUCUCUAUGUAAAGCUGCAUGACCAAGGAGUAGGUACGACAAAAGUUCAAGCUGAUGUCGUUACAGCAGAAGAGGAACAACAACUUUGGGAAAGCGGUGUGUUUAGCACUCAAACGCCUGAGGGACUACUGAAUGCUGUGUUUUAUUAUAAUGGUGUGAACUUUGUACUCAGAGGAGGAGAAGAGCACAGAAGCUUAAAAUUAUCUCAGUUUGAUUUUGGUAGCAUACCAGAUCCAGGGUUUCCUGGCAAAUCACUGGAAUAUGUCGAUUAUACUGAACAUGGAUCAAAAAAUCGUCCAGGAGGGAGUAAACAACUAAAUUUGGAAAAUAAACAAGUACGUUAUUAUGCUCAAUCACAGCUUGGUGAUCACUGCCAUGUUUCUUUGCUGAAAUUGUACAUCUCAAAACUUCCACCAAAUACUGAAAAUUUCUAUUGCCGACCACUAAAAGUUAUAAAGGAUGAGAAUCAACCAUGGUUUUCAGGCGUACCAAUUGGUCAUAACACUCUUAGUAAGAAAUUCAAAAGUAUUUGUGCAGCUGCUGAAUUAAACAUCGAAAAUAAGUCCAACCAUAGUCUUCGUGCAACAGGAAUAUCACGAAUGUACAGGGCAUCUAUACCAGAAAAGGUUAUAAUGGAAAGAUCAGGACAUUUGACAAAAGAGGGAGUUCGCUCAUAUGAGCGGACUUCUAUGGAACAGGUAAAAAGUGUCUGUUCCAUUUUAGCUCAAUCUGUGCCUGGAUGUUCAAAGGAAAAUGAUGCAAGUGUAUCAAAUGUUGCUACUACAAGGGAAGGCAAUUCAGCAGACACUGGGGACAGCAAGCCACCAAAAACUAGUCUGAAUCCAGUUGAUGAAGCAACAUCGAAGAGUGUUCAAUUUCAAGCUGUUCAUGGAGGCACUUUUAACAUUCAUUUAAACUUCAAGUGA